AUGAUGAGAUUAUCCUAUUGGGUGUUUCCCAUCAUCGCUGGGCUGGUAUGGCUCGGCAUGCUGUUGGGACUGCUGCUCCACUGGGUCAUCGACACGCAUUCCGAACACUACCCGUCAAUGUCUGCUAAUCAGCACAUCGCCUACAUCUCGGACGUCGGGGCGCAGGAGCUCAAGCCCCUCUUCAUCGUCGGCUGCGUCCUCACCACGGUGCUCCUCGACACGAGCUUCCUCUCGGACCGCUGGCUGCGGCACCGCGGCCGCCUCGUGCCCAACAGCACCCGCGGCGAGAAGAUUCUGUCCGGCCUGACCAUCUUCUGCGCCCUCAUCGGCACUGUCGGCCUCAUCCUUCUCAGCAUCUUCGACACGGCCCGCCACCCGCGCCUGCACGACCUCUUCCUCGGCUUCUUCAUCGUCGGCUACCUGUUCAGUGCCAUCUUCGUCUGCUGGGAGUACCAGCGCCUCGGCAUCCGCCAUCCCGAGCACAACAUCCUCGCCGUCUCCUUCUGGAUCAAGCUCGCCUUCGUCCUCGUCACCAUCGCCCUCGCCAUCCCCUUUGUCGUCCUCACCCGCUACCAGAUCUAUAACCCCGCCGCCGUCCUCGAGUGGAUCAUUGCCCUCGUCUUCAGCUUCUAUGUCUUCUCCUUCUACGUCGACCUGUAUCCGGCCAUGGACACCAAGCGCGGCGGCAACUACAGGACAAGGACCUGGAAUGCCCGCCACCAAGCCCACAAACCUGAGGAGGGCGCCAGCGACCGGAGCAUGCCGCACACCCAUAGGAGAGAUCUUGAAGACGACGCUGGCCUACCGAGCAACUUCUAA